GACAAAUUCGCAAGUAUUUACAAUUUUUCUCAGGCGGAAUAACAACACAUUUAAAAUAAGAAAAAUAUGGCACAAAGAUCAAUUACGUUAGUUAUAAAUACUUUAAAAGAUUCCUUGGUUAAAGUUAAUAGCACAUUUGUUUUUAGGUCAUUUUUUAAGCCAGCAUCUAGUGCGGGCACUGAGGAAGCAUCAAGCGCGAAACGCAGCAGACAGGAAAGUCCUCAGUCUAAUGAAAAGAUUGGGGAACCGGAGAAGAAAAUUCAGAGAAAAUCUGAAGAAGCGGACAAAAGAGACGCAAAGCAAAAUGUACAGACAAAUGGAAAAAAUAGAGAUACAAAGAAGGCAUCACCGAAGGCGGCAAAAACAUCACCUAAGAACAAAAAUACAUCCAGUCCUUUCAAAAAGCAAAUAAGUGAUGUUAAAAAAGAGAUCGCAAAUGAAAAGGAAACCCUAGACAGCAAACUUAAUAUUACGUCCAGUCCAUUCAAAAAGCAAAUAAAUGAUGUUGAAAAAGAUAUCCCAAAUGAAAAAUCAGAAAGCAAACCUGCGGAAGUAAAGUCUGAGUCAAAAUCAAGUAAAGAUGAUGAUGCUUCAAACCAAAACUCAGGUAAAGAUGAUAGUGCGAAUGUUAAAAAACUUUCAGUGGAAUCCAAUCAGUGUGGUGCCGAAUACAAUCCAGCUUCUGCGAGAUAUCAUCCUAUAAAAGAUGCUUAUUGGAAAGCGAAAGAAAGCACACCAUAUUUGGCUUUAGCAAGAACUUUUGAAAUGAUCGAGGAUACCAAGGGACGUUAUAAGAUGGUAGAAAUACUAGCAAAUUUUUUAAGCUCUGUGUUAUUAUUAAAUCCAGAUGAUUUAUUAUCAUGUAUUUAUUUAAGUAUAAAUCAAUUGGCACCGGCAUACGAAGGCGUAGAGCUUGGUGUGGCGGAAACCACCUUGAUGAAAGUCAUAGCUGUCUCCACUGGACGUGAAUUGAAAUUUAUUAAAACACAAACGCAGGAAAUUGGUGAUUUAGGCAUUGUUGCUGAGCGUUCAAGAGUUUCGCAGCGUAUGAUGUUUACGCCGAAACCACUCACCGUACAAACUGUCUAUCAAAAAUUGCGAACAAUAGCAAAAAGUUCGGGUAAGGCUAAAUCUCCAAUUAUACAUGAUCUCUUUGUGGCAUCGCGUUACUCCGAAGCUAGAUAUAUCAUACGUUCACUGAUCGGCAAGAUGCGUAUAGGUAUUGCGGAAAAAAGUUUAUUUCAGGCUUUAGCCACAGCGUUAGUGAGCAGUAGACCCUAUGAUGAUAACUAUAAAAAGAAAAAACAAUCUGAAGCUGAUAUAAAGAAGGAUAUUGAGGAUAUAACAUUUCUACUUAAAACUGCUUAUUGUCAAUGUCCAAACUUCGAUAAAAUCGUAUCGACCUUACUUACGCACGGCAUUGAUGAUUUACUAAAAUAUUGCACCAUGGAACCCGGUGUGCCAUUGAAACCUAUGUUGGCACAUCCAACACGCGGUGUAUCCGAGGUGAUGGAUCGUUUGAAGGGCAAUAUCACGUGCGAAUGGAAAUACGAUGGCGAACGUGCGCAAAUUCAUGGCGACAACAAUGGCACCGUUAAUAUAUAUUCACGUAAUCAAGAGAAUAACACAACCAAAUACCCGGAUGUAAUAAAUCGCAUCGAUCACUUCAAAAAGGACACGGUACAAUCUUAUAUAGUAGACAGCGAAGUGGUAGCUUGGGAUAUUGAGCAGAAACAAAUUCUACCCUUCCAAGUGCUUAGCACCCGGAAAAGAAAGAAUGUAGAUGUAGAGGAGAUUAAAGUGCAGGUCUGCGUAUACGCAUUCGAUCUAUUAUAUUUAAAUGGCGAGGCGUUGACGUCGAAAAAUUUCGAAGACAGAAGACAAUUGCUGCGAGAUAAUUUUAAUGAAGUUGAGGGUGAAUUUCAAUUCGCAACUUCAUGUGACACCAAUGAUCCGGAGGACAUACAAGGCUUUUUGGAAAACUCUAUUAAAGGUAAUUGUGAGGGUUUGAUGAUCAAGUCGCUGGAUAACGAUGCAACCUAUGAAAUUGCGAAACGUUCACACAAGUGGCUGAAACUGAAAAAGGAUUAUCUGACUGGUGUGGGCGACUCAUUAGAUCUGGUUGUUAUUGGCGGUUACAUAGGCAAAGGCAAACGCACCGGUGUGUUUGGCGGAUUCUUGCUCGCUUGCUAUGACGACGAAAAUGAGGAAUAUCAAAGUAUAUGCAAAAUAGGCACAGGUUUGAACGAUGAGGAUUUGAGCACACAUGCAAAAUUCUUUAAAGAACACACAAUACCAGCACCAAAAUCAUAUUACCGAUUUGAUGCCAGCUUGGCGCCCGACACUUGGUUUGAAGCCGUGCAAGUGUGGGAGGUCAAAUGUGCGGAUCUUUCAUUGAGUCCGGUGCAUAAAGCCGCAAUCGGUAUUAUCGAUCCUGAAAAGGGCAUCUCACUAAGAUUUCCACGUUUUAUACGGAUACGUGAUGAUAAAUCUACAGAGGAUGCAACCGGUGCACAACAAGUGGCUUAUAUGUACCGCAAUCAGGAUCAAGUUAAGAAUCAAAAAAGCAAUGCUGCAGAGUUCGAUGAUGAUUUCUACUAACUAUAUAUAUAUAUAAGAAAUUAUUAUUAUUGUUUAGGGUAGCUCUAUUUGAUACACAAUGUUUGUUGCAAGUCAAGAAAAUUUUUAAGCAAAGUUUGUAUGUGCUUAGACGUGGAUAGUAGACAUCACGUUUGUUUAUUAUGCACUGUCAUUUUUUUUUGUUUGAAAUCAAAAUUAAUUAUUUAAAAAUGUAAGUUUCUGUUUACGUUGUAGU